GGGCGGGGGCGGAGCUAUGGAGUCAAGGGGGUGGGGUUAGCCUUCCGCCGCAGAGGUCAGGAUCGCUGCUUCUCCGCACGUGGAAGUCUUCGUUAUUUUCCCGCUCUCAAGGCGUAGGUGAUGAGAGUAGCGCAGUUAAUCGCGUUGGUCCCUAAGAAAAUCUAAGCUGUGCGUGUCCCUGGUCUCACGCCGUCCCCCGGCCGUCAGAACUUGGUCCGCUCCAACCCAGAAACCUCUCCGGCCAGCGGGGGCCUGCAGCCUGCGCGCCACUUUUGGCUGACUACGGGGAGGGGCCGCCCGGAAGCGUGGUCGCGUCAGCGCGCCUGCGCGGCGGGAAGCCUGGGGACACGGUUCCAGCCCCAAGCACGGCCAGCCCGAGCGCUCUCUCUUUUUCCCGCGCGGUCUGCUACUCUUCUUCACCUAGGAUAAUGGCGACAGCCGAAGUACUGAACAUCGGGAAGAAACUCUACGAGGGUAAAACAAAAGAAGUCUAUGAAUUGAUAGAUCAUCCAGGAAGAGUCCUCCUGCAGUCCAAGGACCAGAUUACAGCUGGGAAUGCAGCUAGAAAGAACCACCUGGAAGGCAAAGCUGCAAUCUCCAAUAAGAUCACCAGCUGCAUAUUUCAGUUGUUACAGGAGGCUGGUAUAAAAACUGCUUUCACCAAGAAAGUUGGGGAGACUGCCUUCAUUGCACCUCAAUGUGAGAUGAUUCCAAUUGAAUGGGUAUGCCGAAGAAUAGCAACUGGGUCUUUUCUCAAAAGGAACCCUGGCGUAAAGGAGGGGUAUAAGUUCUAUCCACCAAAAGUAGAGAUGUUCUUCAAGGAUGAUGCCAAUAAUGAUCCCCAGUGGUCUGAGGAGCAACUCAUUGCUGCAAACUUUUGUUUUGCUGGACUUGUUAUAGGGCAGACUGAAGUGGACAUCAUGAGUCAUGCCACACAAGCUAUUUUUGAAAUUCUGGAGAAAUCCUGGUUGCCCCAGAACUGUACACUGGUUGAUAUGAAGAUUGAAUUUGGUGUUGAUAUAAACACCAAAGAGAUUGUUCUUGCUGACGUCAUUGAUAAUGACUCCUGGAGACUGUGGCCAUCAGGAGAUCGGAGCCAGCAGAAAGACAAACAGUGUUACCGUGAUCUCAAAGAAGUAACUUCAGAAGGACUUCAGAUGGUAAAGAAAAACUUUGAGUGGGUUGCAGACCGAGUGGAGUUGUUGCUCAGGUCAGACAGUCAGUGCAGGGUGGUAGUGCUGAUGGGUUCAACCUCUGACCUUGGUCACUGUGAGAAAAUUAAGAAGGCUUGUGGAAAUUUUGGAAUUCCGUGUGAACUUAGAGUAACAUCCGCGCAUAAAGGACCAGAUGAAACUUUGAGGAUUAAAGCAGAAUAUGAAGGGGAUGGCAUUCCUACUGUGUUUGUCGCAGUGGCAGGCAGAAGCAAUGGUCUAGGCCCAGUGAUGUCUGGUAAUACUGCAUAUCCAGUUAUCAGCUGUCCCCCAGUCACACCAGACUGGGGUGCUCAGGAUGUGUGGUCAUCUCUUCGACUGCCCAGUGGUCUUGGCUGUUCAACUAUACUUUCUCCAGAAGGAUCAGCCCAGUUUGCUGCUCAGAUAUUUGGGUUGAAUAACCAUUUGGUGUGGGCCAAACUUCGAGCGAGCAUAUUGAACACUUGGAUAUACUUAAAGCAGGCGGAUAAGAAGAUCAGAGAAGGCAAUUUGUAAAAAAGCAAUUUAAUUUUUAGGAGAAUAGUUACACUAUUAUCCAAUACCUGGUUUGGAUUUAAAGAAAAAUCAAGCAGAAUGAUUUCACAUAAGAGAAAACAAUUCAGUUUACUAAUUGGACAAAUGGUCCUCAAUGUUUAUGAGUUGGCACAUUGUCAGUGCAUAUUAUUAAUAUUUUGUAGCUUUACAUAGUGAUAUGUCCCUGUAACCUUAGCACGCCAGAGACUGAGACAGCAGGAUCACUAAGUUCAAGGCUACCCUGAACUGUGUACUGAGACUCUGUACUUGCUUGGGAAGGAAUCUUUAUAGUUAGUAAAAUUGGCAUGACACUGCUAAAUUACAUCUCAUCCUCUGUACAGUCAUUGUUGGGUUAAUAUGUCAUGGAACUGGAGCAAUGUGUCUGCGGUUCAAGAACCAGUAUGGCUCUCUUGUAGACAACCUGACUGUCUCACAAUAAAUAACCUUUAACUCAGGGGAUCUGACUCGCUGGCUUCCUUAUGCACGUGCUCUCAAGUACUGUUACAUUCCCUCACCCAACACACAAAAUUUUAAAAAAUAAAUGUUUUUUAAAAGAGUAUUGUUUCUAAAUGGUAAUAGCAUUUUUUAUUAUUCAGUAGAAACUGCUUGAUCUGAGUUGACACUUUGAAAAUUUAAAUAUUUGUAUUGUGUAUAACA